AUGGAUGAAGAAAACGCCAGCGUUAAGAAUAGCGUCACGACAGAACUGAAAGUAUACAUGCAUUGCGAUUCCUGUGAAAGAUCGGUACGCCGUGCCAUCGAGAAAAUCGAAGGCGUCGAGACAAUCGAGGUGGACAGGAGUGAGAACAAGGUCACGGUGACAGGCGAGUUCGAGCCAAAAAAGUUGUUGAAAAAGAUCAAGAAGAAGACCGGGAAGAAGGCGGAAAUCUUGAUCCCUGAGGAAAAUGAGGAAGAAUGCAAGGGAGAAGAACCUUAUGCUCCUUACGAUGAUCCAGUGCUGGACCGAGAGGCGUUUGCGACUCAUGAGUUUCAGAAUCAUGGGCUAGAAAGAUGGGAUCUCCAUUAUUUCGACGAUGAAAACACCGAAGCGUUUUCUUAA